AUGGUCCCUGGGGACGUCACCGCCACUGAGAGGGUUCCUAGGGGUACCUCCGUCCCUGAAAGGGUCCCUGUCGGAGCUGCUGCCCCUCGAAGGGUCCUUUGGGCCGCUGCCACCCCUGGGAGGGUCCAUGUGCACGCCGCAGCCCCUGGGAGGGUCUCUGGGGGCGCUGUCGUCCCUAGGAGGGUCCCUGGGGGCCCAGCCGCCCCUGAAAGAUUCGCUUGGGCACCACCUUCCCUUGGAGAACCCCUUAAGGCGUCGUCGCCACUGAGAGAGCCCUUAGGGGUGCCGCUGCCCUUUGGAGGGUUCCUGGGGGCACCACCGCCCCUGGAUGUGGGUGCCUACGCCCUGGAAGGGUAG